CCUUCCCUUCCCUGGGCCUCCCCCAUUGCCUCCCCCUGCCCCGCGUCCCUCGCUGGGCGCCGGGCCGGCGCGGGGGUCUGUGUGCCGCGCAGGGAGGGAAGAAGGAAGGGAGGGAGGGAAGCGGGAGGCGGGGAGGGAGAAAGAGAGAGAGAGGCAGAGGCUGAGCCAGAUCUUCAUGCCACUGCAGGCAGCAGCAGCAGCAGCAAAACUUUUGAAGAUUUGAAGAAGACAGUUAAGAGAACCACCAAGAAGACUAUUGCAGUAUUGUAGAUUUCUGAAGUCUGGUACCAGGAGUACGACUCCCAAAUUCCUCAUUGCUACUGGUGGCUGAGCCUUAUCCCAACAGCACUUGAGUGUUGAAUGUGCAGAGAAUAUCAUUCUAAGGACAACUGUCUCCUUUCUGUUUGAGCACCUGCUAUUAUAUUAAUACCCUUCAGUUGCCAAUAUGUAUCAUUCUGUGUCUGAAACCAAUCACCCUUUGCAAACAGAAGAACAAGAAAUAGGCAUUGAUCCCUUGCAGAGUUAUUUGAACAAGCCAGGGGGAGGAGGAUCAAAUGAAAAUGGAAGCACACACCACACGUCAGAUUCUGGUGGAACGUUUAUUUCUUACAGUAAAGAAUGGGAAGAACUAUUUGUAAACAACAAUUACUUGGCAACUAUAAGGCUGAAGGGGAUUAAUGGGCAGCUGAGAAGCAGCAGGUUCCGUAGUGUUUGCUGGAAGUUAUUUCUGGAGGUUCUACCCCAAGACAGAAGUCAUUGGAUUAAAACCACUUCAGACUUAAGAACUUCUUACAGUAAGAUCAAAGAAAUUCACAUUACAAACCCUCGAAAAGCAGGACAGCAAGAUCUGAUAAUCAACAAUCCACUCUCUCAGGAUGAGGGGAGUCUUUGGAAUAAAUUUUUCCAGGAUAAAGAGCUUCGAGCCAUGAUUGAACAAGAUGUGACAAGAACCUUUCCUGAAAUGCAGUAUUUCCAGCAGGAGAAUGUGAGGAAAAUUCUUACAGAUGUUCUAUUCUGCUACGCCAGAGAAAAUGAGCAGUUGCUUUAUAAACAGGGUAUGCAUGAACUUUUAGCUCCCAUUGUUUUUAUCUUACAUUGUGACCACCAAGCUUUUUCGCAUGCCAGUGAAGCUGCACAACCAAGCGAGGAAAUGAAAGUUCUUCUGAAUCCUGAAUAUCUGGAACAUGAUGCCUAUGCAAUGUUCACGCAUCUGAUGAAAACUGCAGAGCAUUGGUUUUCAACUUUUGAACAUGACAGUCAGAAGGAGAAAGAUGUGAUUAUUACACCGAUGCCAUUUGCAAGGCCUCAGGACUUAGGCCCAUCUAUUGCUAUUGUAGCAAAGGUAAACCAAAUUCAGGAUCAUCUGCUGAAGAAACAUGAUAUUGAGUUGUACAUGCAUCUGAACCGACUGGAGAUUGCUCCACAGAUUUAUGGACUGCGAUGGGUGAGGCUCCUGUUCGGACGUGAAUUUCCCCUUCAGGACCUCCUGGUUGUCUGGGAUGCUCUAUUUGCUGACAGUAUCACCCUGAAUCUAGUUGACUACAUUUUUGUAGCCAUGUUGUUAUAUAUUAGAGAUGCCUUGAUUUCAAGUAAUUAUCAGACCUGUUUGGGACUACUGAUGCAUUAUCCACCUAUUGGAGAUGUUCACUCCCUUAUCCUAAGAGCACUGUUUCUCCGAGAUCCAAAGAGAAAUCCAAGGCCAGUGACUCACCAAUUCCAACAAAACUUAGAUUAUUACAAAGCACGUGGAGCAGACUUGAUGAACAAAACCCGCGCCAGUGCUAAGGCUGCCCCACUGAACAUUAACAAAGUCUCCAACAGCUUACUGAAUUUUGGCCGGAAGCUCAUUGCUCCAGCUAUGGCUUCAGGCGGGGCCGUGGGUGCUCCUGCCAGUGGCAGCAGCUUCCCUCCCCCUGCAGCACCCACCAGAAGUGCAGCAGAAGCCCCUCAGCAUCAUCACCACCACCAGCACCAGCAGCACCAGCAGCACCAGCAGGCACAGCAGCAGAGGAUGCUGAAGUCCGAGAGCAUGCCAGUUCAGCUGGGAAAAGGCCAAAAUUCAAAAAACAUGAGCUCAUCCCCAAGCAUAGAGAGCUUGUCUGGAGGACGUGAAUUUACUGGAUCUCCACCUUUGCCUGCAUCCAAAAAGGAUUCCUUCUUCAGUACCAUCUCCCGCUCCCGUUCCCAAAGCAAAACUAUGAGCAGAAAAGAGUCGGAGGAGGAACUGGAGGCCCAGAUUUCAUUUCUACAAGGACAACUGAACGACUUGGAAGCCAUGUGCAAAUAUUGUGCCAAGAUGAUGAACACACAUCUUGGAAAUAUCCAAGAAGUCAUAUUACAAGAACGCUUGGAAAAAGAAGAUGAGAUUCUGGUUUCCUUGGCUGGCUUGAAGCAGAUCAAAGACAUCCUGAAAGGUUCCCUGCGUUUCAACCAGAGCCAGCUGGAAGCUGAAGAAAAUGAGCAAAUCAUGAUAGCUGAUGAUCAUUACUGUUCCAACAGUCAGAGCAAGGGGACAGCUGAUGUCCUAAAGGGAUCUGCUAUGGCAAAGCAACAGUUCAGCUCAGGACAACAGACUACAACUGAUUCAAGCACUAGUGAGAGCAAGAGCACAGAUGACUAUAUUAUGGUUUCCAAAGAAGAGGAAGGCAGAAGUGCUGCCCUGGAGCCAGUGCAGUCCCAUCAGGCACACAAGGAGGCAGUGGUGAAGCCAGAAGCUCCAUCUCGUUCUUCUUUGAUAUUCUCUGACCCUCUGAUGGGCUCCAUUUCAGCCUCCUCCAGCAACCUGAGCUCCAGCCCUGAUGAUGACAGUAGUAAUAACAGCAAGGAUUCUGACUUUGCUAUUGUCAGCCCACUGGACAUCUAAAGGAACAGGUUGGGAGAGUUUGGGAGGUCUGUUUUUACACCUUAGCUCAAAUUCCUAUGAUUCCACAGGCUGGAUAGUUCUUUGGAUUAUAAGGAUGGAAGAUAGAUAAAAAUAACCCAUUUCAGCUGCCAAAAGUCUGAAUUAACAAAAAGCAAGCAAACAAACAAACCUUGAAUUUAUGAAUCUGCAGCUCUUCAACAAAAGUAGGCACCUUUUAAUACCUGCCUUAAAUACAGUCCCAGUAAAACCCAGUGCUAAUAUACAGUUAUUCCUAGUUAUAGAGUUAUAUUACUUAGGAGCUUUAUUACUGUAGAGCUAUUGCUUUCCCAAAACAUAGAAUAGGAUGUGCUAGGCACCACAGUGGAUUAGGAAAUGUGUAGAUACUUGGCAUCAGACCUGAAGCAGCCAAAACAAGCUAGAUUUAAUAUUGUCCUUUUACAAAAUAUGUUCAACUGGGUUUUCUGAGGAGGGAAGGAUAGUGUUUCUUCAGAGACUGCAAUUAGAGAAGUGGGGAAUGUGUGUCAGAAAGAUUAAAAGCAUCAUCCUGGCAGCAGGCUUGUUCUCAGUUAAGGAAUUCCAGUUUCUUCAUUUUCAUCUGGCAGUAGCCUGAGGUAUGUUCAAGGCAGAAGUUUGUGUAGUUGUUCCUCAGCAUUCUCUUGCAGGGGAAUGUGUGAGAAAUUCCUUGAGAAUGGGGACCUAUACAAUAGAGCCUUAUUUCCUUUACCUACUUUUUUUUCCCUCCCUUGAGAGUUCCCUCUUUAUAUCUGUCUACUUCUACUCUCCCUGGCAUUUUUAUUUUACUGAGAUUACCACAGCUAAAACAGUAGGUGCAAGGGAAGGUACAUUAUUUCAUAGGGUUGACCUGAGCCAGUUGAACUAAAACUAGCUUGGCUAUAACUUUACCAGGGAAGGGUGCAAACUAAAAUGAAUUGUUCACAAUUAAAAGCACUUUAUGUCUCAUUACUAUUCUCUUCUAUAGAAUCUGUUUACAUAUAUUUCUAUACAAUUUCCACAUUUCUAAUAAAGAAAAACAUAAUGGUGCAGCAGCGUUAACCAACAGAAAUUUUCUAAUUAGCUGUAGAACUUUUUCAUCUACAGAAGAGUGCAUUUCUUUCCCAUCAAGUACAUAGUACAUCUAAUAACAGUUUUUUCAAGGAGAUAAGGGGGUUAUAAGCAUUUGCUGAUCCCUUUAAAAUCUUGAAAUGGACAAAAAUAAACUGGUGGUGAGUGGAUGCCUACUCUUACAGGACCUAAACAGAACUAGCUUAAGGAAGGAGUGCAAGAAAGUCACUCUACUUCUUACAACAUUAAAAAAAAAAAUUCAUUGUUUACUUUUAUGAUACUUAUACAUUGUGCCAUGCAACAACUUUAUUAAUAGCAUGACAAAGCUUCUGUUUGUAAGGAGUUAAGAAUUGGUAAUUAUUUGCUUCUUAGUCUGUUAUUGUAAAUGAAGUUAAUAACAUAUUCCAAAGAUGAGGUGACAUGUGGUUUGCUGGUCUUAGAUUUUAUAAGGUCUGUCAGUGACUUCAGUGUAGAUAAUUGUCACGUGCUUACGCUUAUGGUAGCUGCUGAGACGUAUCCUUACACACUCAAAAGCCACUCUGUAGUUCUUCUGAGAUUAUUUGUGCCUUGUAAAAUCAUAAAAUGGUGAAGUGUUAUGAGUAGGCACAGCAUCAUAUGUCUCUGUGACUGAGCAAUAUGAACAGUCAGAUGACUGUUUAGAUGAAAGAUCUUAAAUGCGAAACAUUUUGGAGAGGUGUUUAUUUUGGUUUAAUUUUAAGCUUCAUAGAAAAUAUUUUUGGAAUUUAGCAUGCACGCCUGUUUUCAGGUUUAUUUUAUUUCCCUGAAUUUGCAUGAAUGCCAGGGGAUUAGGUGGCUGUUGAUUUAUUUAGGUCUUUGAAGCUUUUCUAGCCUUAACCUAUUCAGCAGUUCUUGUGCCACACCACCAACAAGGGGAAUCUGUUCAAAAGGUACCUAUGGAAAGAGGAAAGAAAUAUUCUGGGGACAGAGAGAAAAGUUUUCUAUUCUGUGAUACAUAAGCCUUCAAAUAUUCCAGUACUUUGACAGGGGAAAGUGUUUUUACUUCUUUUUUCAAUUUUUUAAGUAUCAGUCUCUUGAUUUCUGUUCUGGUUGGUUGUUUCAGGGAUCAUGUUGCUAUUUUCUUGAACAGUCUCAUUGCCAAUGAAAGAGCGUGAUUUGUACAGUUCAUUUAUUUUUGUAAAUUAGUUGUAUCUUUAAUAUUGCACAUUUUAAAACAGCUCUAAAAAUAUAUAAAGAUUUUGGGAGUUUCUAACAAGUUUUCACUAAUCAGUGAAUACCACUGAGCUGAAUGCCUGUCAUGCUGUGGGAUAUGAUGAAAAUCUUCAGAAGCAGAGAGAUGAUUUACACAAGUAAGAUCAGAGUGAAUUCCAGUACAUUAAAGUGCUUUGGUUAUGCCAAGUCCUUCCACAUCUCACAUAUGAUACUUGAUCAUAGUGUGGAGCUAGCUACAAUUUUGUAUAUUUAUGAAGUCAUAAACUUGUAAGUUAGACAAAAUGUAAUCACCCUGUCCUGCAUUGUGUUAAGAAUAUACUGAGAAAGAAACUGCCCUUUAAUAUAAAAGAUUAUUCUUUUUCCCCAAAGAUGACCUGCUCAUAAUGUUCAUGGAUAACAAUAAUCAGUUAGAAAAAUCAUAUGCAUUGCAAUUUAAUGAUGAAAACUAAUAUGGAAUUAAGGUAUGUAUCUGAGACUGUUGUUCUGUCUCACAUCUGUAAUUUAUGACUGUUUAAAUUCUCUUGCAUGUCAUGUCAGUUUUAUGUACUGCAUAAAAGCAGUAUCAUAUUUUGACUGGGUAUUCAUUUAGUUGUGGAACUUUGUACCUUUACUCUGGAAGAACAUCUAGCCCACUUUAUUAAAGAAAGAAUUAUCAAG